UUCCAAACUGCCGCAAGACCUCCGAUACCCGGAUGUUUAUAUGGCAGGCUUGCAGUUACAGCGAAAAGUCGGCUUAGGAAGCAUAAAACAGUCGGUGAAAUUGCAUUGAUAUUUUAGAUCAGUCGUCCAGAAAUAUAGAAUUAGUGUGGAUAAAGAUAAUAUCUUAUUUUAAUCUAUUCAGCUUUAUUUUUAUCAAGCUGUGUACAUCAAAAUGUUACACGUGAAUGUCGUCUGCUGUUCAUUAAAUGCUACAUGACACACCAUUCUACGUCCGUGGUUCGAUCGGAAGUGAGGAAAGAGCGUAUACUAGUUGGGGAUACGAAGACCCACAUGACUUGUUUUCAUUUGGCAUAAUUUUAAAAGCCUGCAAGUAUUGGUAAAAAUGGAUGGAGUUCAAGGAAUGCUUUACAGCAUCAUUAAACUACCUUCUCCAAGAAACUGAGCUUGACUAUUUGUGAAAGUAAUGUUGAAGUUCUACAGUGAUUAUGGAUUUACCCGAAGAGUUAGAAAAUGGAAGGAUGAAGCAGGUUGUUUGCUGUUCAGUUUCAGGAUGUGAACAAAUGACUGAUGAUCCAUCAGCUGCAAAGAAAAUAGUUGAUCCUCAGACUAAUUUUUUUGUUAGCUCCCAUCAUGAUAUGAUGUCACUUGCCUUUUUUCAGGGUCUUAUUUUUGGAAAAGUUUUGAGUGUGUUGUUGACUCACUUUUCUAGUGUAUUGCAUCAGAGUUACAAGAAUAAUGCAUUCAACUUAAAGGCUGUAGAGAGAUUUGCUGAGACCGAAGAGAGUUCACCAGAUUGUGUAUCAGAAGUCAUAUGCCUAAACACUCAAAAGACAUCUCAGCUCUUACAACAGACAGUGAUUAAGAAGUUGCCACAGAUAAUCUCUCUAGAACAGCCCCGCAACACAUUUUACUUUCCACUACAGUCUGGUUUUUCAAAGGCAGUAUGUGCAGAAACCAAGAGCUCAGAACGUUCAGCAUUGUAUUCACUGAGAUCUGUCUCGAAAUCUUUCCCUGAAAAAAAGAAAACAGGUUUAUCAUGCAAGACCAAGAUUUCCAAGCAUUCAAAAACAAUGCUUGCAAGCUCAGCUGCCACCAAACCAAAUAAUUGUGUAAAAAGAUUAAGAGGAAGUGUCCAGCAACAGAAUAUCAAAUGCCGUUCAAGAGGAAGUCAUCAUGCACUAAGAGAGAGCAGUCCUUGUGAAGUGUUAUCUAACUCAGUCAGUUCUGAGGAUGCAAAUGUGCAAGAAGAGCUCAAGCUACAAAGAAAGAAGAAUUUUUCAUGCAAAGAGUGUCAGAAGACUUACACAUCGGUCAGUUACCUGAUAGAGCAUAACAGGAAAUGGCACAAAGAAAAGCUAACAGUGUCAUGCAAGAUCUGUUCCAAACAGUUCAGCUCAUGGACAGGCAAGACAUUACACAUGCGAAUGAAGCACAAAGUUGAGAAGCCACAUGAGUGUGAAUUCUGUGGUGAGACCUUCUCAUGUCACAAGGAAUAUAAUGCACAUAAGGCACAUGCCCACAAUGCCCAGAAUGUUGUGUGCCAUAUAUGUGGAAAGAAAUUCAAGUUUAGAGGGGCUCUUAGACCUCACCUGGAUGCACACUUUGGCAUUAAGCGCUAUUUCUGUGAAGAAUGUGGCAAAGGGUUUGUUCGAGUGACAUCAUUGUAUGCUCAUAAAACUGUUGAACACUCUAAGAUAGAAGAGAAAAUUUUUAAUUGCAGCAUGUGUGCCAAAUCAUUCUCUGCUAAGUGGGUGCUCAAUCAUCAUUUAUUUGACCGCCAUCAAGCUGGUCCUUAUGCGCUAUCACUGGUGAGAGAUGUUACUACAGCAGACAGUGCAGACUGCCAGGUGUGCCGUAAUCUGUCACAGGGUUCUGCAGAAUCCAGUGCCACAAACCAAUGCCCACAACAUAGCUCAAAGCUCAUGUUUCCAUGUAAUUUGUGCAGUGCUUCAUUUAAGACACCAAAUGGCUUAAAGGUUCACCUCAAACUACAUACAGGCAUCAAAGCUUUCUCUUGCUCAUCAUGUGGUAAAAGAUUCACCACCAGAGAGUAUCUGAAGGUUCACAUGAUGCAACACCAAGAGCCAAAGUUUGAAUGUGAUAUUUGUUGCAGGAAAUUUACAUACAAGUCCAACAUGCAAAAACAUCUUUCUGUUCAUUCAACUGCAAAGCCAUUCCAGUGUGAUGUAUGUAACAAAACCUUUAAGUUGAAAAGUGCCCUUACCACUCAUAUGAGGGGCCACAGGCCAGAACUAGCAUUUACCUGUAAUAUCUGUGGGAAGGGACUGACUCGUUCACUGCACCUGAGGAACCACAUAAAGAAAAUGCACCCAGACACAGUGUUAGAUGGCUGAAGCAAUGUUGUAAAAUUGUUUCUGAACAAUAGAACUGGAAGUGCUUUCUUCUGUGAUCUACAAAAACACUGAAGCGUUGCCAAGUAUGAUAAAUGUGUUUUAAUUAUGUCAUUUGUGUGAAGUUGAAAGCAUACUUUUUAUGAAUGGUUCAUUAACCCAACUAAGGAAAACAUGAGGGAAAGUUUUGUAACAUUUUCUAGAGUUAGUCUAUGUACGCAUUUUUAUAUUAAAAAAAGGGGCAUUUUGUAGAAAAAAAUAGGGAGGGGACGGGGAAUAGUUUUUAAAAAGUCUUUUGCUCCCAGUUCUCUCAAAAUUACAGCUGAAUCCAGAUAAGAUGAGAAUCAACAGCAAGUAGGAACUUCCAAUCCAACUUUAAGGAGAGAAUAUCCUGGAAACAGAUCGCUUUGUGUAUCUAGGGAGCAUUAUCAACAAGGACAGUAAAGUGGAUGAUGACAUCAGAAACCACAUCAACAAGGCCAGGCAUCCUUUAAACAGCCUAUGCCCCAUCUGGAACUCCAGAGCAUUAUCCUUCAACAGUAAGACCCGCAUCUUCAAUGUGAAGGAGUCAUACUGUAUGGUUCUGACACC